AUGGCUACCCCAGUAGCCAAGACGGACAAGCCAGUGGCUGCUCCGUCAGGGCCUGCAGGAUCAGGUCGUCCUCGGACCCCCCGUCCUCCUAGGCCCAACUACAGACAAAUUCACCAGUUUCCUCUGCCGGUCAACGUACAUCAUGUUCCUCCUGUAAUUCCUCAUAACCCUCUAUCUCUCAUAAGCGUUGCUCUCUCGUACCUCACGUUCCUUAUCAUGCCGCCUCGUCAAGAAGUCUACUCGGCCUACUUUGACAAGGCCACUUCGUCGAUCCACGUCACGGACGAGAAGUCCAUUAAAGCCCUAUGGGAGAUGGGUUUCUUUGGCAAAGGUAGUCUCAGUCGAAGUGAGCCCAGCUGGCUGGCGCGAGAGAAAAAGCGACGAGGGUUACAUGAUGGCAAGACCAGCGAGGAAAUCACAAGAGCUCGCCGGGAGGAACGUCGUGCGUUGAAGCUAGAGCGUGCUCGUUUGGAAAAACAGGCCAUCGAGGAAACGUUGAAAGCCGAAGCUGCCGCCAGAGAAUCCGGCUCUACCGAAGCCACCGGACAAACCCCAGAGGACAAGGCCGAUGGCACAGCCACCACGGCAGAGAAGAUUUCCUUGAGGAAGCUGAAGGAUGCUAAGAUCUUAGAGGCCCGAGAGGCUCGCCUCGCGGCCCAGGAUGCGGAGGCUGCAAAGAAGACCGAAACAAACGGUAAAUCCGUACGCUUUUCACCACUUGUGCAGAAGAAAGAGUUCUCGUCAAACUCGCCAUCCUCCGAGACUGUUGCCGAGCCAUUAGAUGCCGACGAUUUCCCUAAUGAGGAACACCUUCAACUUUCCAACGAAGAAGCCUUCUUUCUCGCUUACGGCCUCGGUGCAUUACAAGUAUACGAUGCACCCUCGACCUCGACGACUCAAUCUACCUCACCGACCCCCAUACAAGCCCUUCUCCAACAGUUCUGCCACCACUCCUUCCAACCAGCCCGAGAUGGCACCGCCUCCCUUCAACCUGAUGACCCUUUCAUGAUCUCCUACACAGUCUACCACCAUUUCCGAUCCCUGGGCUGGGUCAUCCGAUCAGGUGUGAAAUUCGGCACAGACUACUUGCUCUACAAUCGCGGUCCCGUCUUCUCCCAUGCCGAAUUUGCCGUCGUCGUCAUCCCCUCUUACAGUCACCCCUACUGGUCAGAGACCGAAGAGCGCAAGAACUACACAGCGGAGAAACAGGCGCGGAGCUGGUGGUGGUUACAUUGCGUGAACAGAGUCCAGGCUCAGGUUAUGAAGAGCUUGUGUCUUGUUUAUGUGGAUGUUCCUCCACCUGCUGCUUCCAUUGAUGACGUCGGCGCUUUGUUCGGCCAGUACAAAGUGCGCGAGUUCAUGAUUAAGAGAUGGACUCCCAACAGGACUCGUGAUUGA